UUUCGAUUAUUUUUGCGCAGCUUUAAUUCUGCAGCUUGAGACCUCGCAGAUAUGGCGACUGCCAGCAGCCUGCUGUCAGAGGAGAGGUUCCUGUGCUCCAUCUGUCUGGAGGUGUUUACCGAGCCAGUGUCAACUCCGUGUGGACACAACUUCUGCCGCCCAUGUAUCCACGAGUAUUGGGACACCAGUGACGUUUGUCAGUGUCCGUUUUGCAAAAGAAAGUUUUCUUCAAGACCUGAACUCCAAGUCAACACUACCAUGUCUGAGUUAGUGGCUGAGUUUGCAAAGAUGGUUCGGGUAAAUGUCUCAACUCCACACCCAGGGCUCCCAGAAAAAGGAAGCAUUCUUUGUGAUAUCUGCACUGAGAUGAAAGAAAAGGCUGUUAAGUCUUGUCUCAUGUGUCUUACUUCUUUCUGUGAAGUCCACCUCGAGCCUCAUCAGAGAGUUUCCGUUCUUAAGAGCCACAAACUAAUAGAUCCUGUGAGUAAUCUUGAUGAGAAGAUGUGCAAAAGACACAACAAGAUAACAGAACUGUACUGCAGGACUGACAAGGCCUGUAUUUGCGUGUUGUGCUUCAAAACCAGUCACAAGAGUCACAACGUCAUCUCACUGGAGGAAGAAUAUGAGGCUAUGAUAGUAAAAAAUGAUGAUGUAAUGGCAAAUAUCCAAACGAUGAUACAAUCACGAUGUGAUAAAAUAGAUGAGAUUGAAAACUCACUCGAUGCCAGCCAGAAAGAAGCUGAUGAAGAGAAAGAAGCAAGUGUGCAGGUGUUCACUGACUUCCUUCAUGCUAUUCAGAAGAACCAAGCUGAUCUUCUUGAGGUGAUUGAAGAGCGGCACAGAGCGAUGAAGCAAAAGGCGGAAGGUUUUCUCAAAGAGCUGAGGAUGGAAGUCGUUGGGCUUAAAAGCAGAAGAAGCCAACUGGAGCAGCUGUCACAGUCUGAGGACCACCACAGUUUUCUCCAGAACUUCUCAAGCUUACGCUCUCCUUCAAACAAGGACUGGUCCAGUGUUGGCAUUCACCGUGACUUGUCUUUUAAUGAAGUGAGAAGAGCUGUGGCUCAGGUGACACAAACAGCUGAUGAAAUUUUGGAAAAAAUUCCAGAGAUCAAAAUGAAAAGAAUGAGAGAGCAUGCAGUGGACUUGACUCUUGAUCCUGACACAGCGCAUUGCUCACUUGCCAUUAGUCAAGACGGAAAACAAGUUGCGACUGCAGAAAAACAGGCUCUUCCAAAAAAUCCAAAAAGAUUUGAGAUGUAUCCAGAAGUCUUAGCAAAGGAGGGGUUCACGGGGGGGAAGUUUUACUUUGAGGUGCAGGUGAAAGAUAAGAAUAAGUGGGCUGUUGGAGUGGUAAGAGAGUCUUUAGAUAGAAAGGUAGACACAGAUCUAUCAGUUUCAGAUGGUUAUUGGACCAUUGGGUUAGACGAGGGCAUAUAUUAUGCAUAUGAAAAUUCACCUGUUACAUUAGAACUGUUAAAGCUUCAAAAAGUGGGCAUCUUCGUGGACUUUGAUAAGCAAGUGGUUUCUUUCUAUGAUGCGGAUUCUAAAUCACACAUCUACUCUUUCAGUGGCUGCCACUGUAAAGAGAAACUUUAUCCAUAUUUUUGCCCGCAGGACAACAAAGAUAAAAUGAAUGCUGCCCCUUUAGUUAUAACACCUGUAGCUCGCACAGUUUAGCUUGUUAUGGUCCUCAUUUACAGACACCAAACCAGAACUGCUACGUUUACCUAAUUGAUAUGUACAAAAAAUAUAGAAGUAUUCUAUUCUGUAUUUGGUUUCUUUGUGUAAUGUACUGCACUAUAAUGCAAAUAUAUUACAGUGGCUCAAAGUACCAGCUGAUUUCACAGUGUAAAGAAGUUAGACUUUGAUAAAAUAUGUUGAUGUUUUUUUAAGG